AUGGGUUCCAUAGAGAACGAUUCAUCACUUAUGGAACAAUCUCUUCUUCUGGAUGAAGAGAGCAGCCAAUACACAGGAGAUGGUUCUGUUGACUUUAAAGGAAGGCCUGUUCUCAAGCUCACUACUGGAAAUUGGAAAGCUUGCCCAUUUAUACUAGACAAUGAAUGUUGCGAAUGUUUGGCAUACUAUGGCAUUGGAUCAAAUCUUGUUACCUAUCACACGCGCAAACUACAUCAAGGAAAUGUCUCUGCUGCAAGAAAUGUCACUACAUGGCAAGGCACUUGUUAUCUUACACCACUCAUUGGAGCCGUUCUAGCUGAUUCUUACUGGGGGAGAUACUGGACAAUUGCUAUUUUUUCUGCAAUUUAUUUCAUUGAAAUGUGUACAUUGACUCUUUCUGCAUCGUUUCCAGCAUUGAAGCCUGCAUAG